AUGAAAGCACCUGGAGCAGAUGGGUUUAAUGCAUGUUUCUUUAAGAAAGCAUGGAACAUUACUGGAGAUGACAUUGUAAAUGUAGUGCUAGAAUUUUUUACUACUGGGAGAAUGUUUAGGCCAAUCAAUAACACAACAGUUACUCUUAUUCCUAAAGUAAAGAACCCAACCUCAAUCAGAGAGUGUAGACCAAUCUCAUGUUGCACCACACUAUAUAAGAUCAUAUCUAAAAUGCUGACAAACAGAUUGAGACAAGUGAUGAAUACACCGGUGGAUGAGAGCCAGACAGCUUUUAUCCCAGGUAGAGGCUUGAUAGACAAUGUUCUACUCAGUCAUGAGUUAAUAAAGGGUUAUGGUAGGAAAAGGGAUGGAUUAUGGAGUACAUCAGAACUAUCAUACUCCAUCACUGUUAAUGGUAGUCCUACUGUGCCAUUUGAAGCAAAAAGGGGGGAGAAGCCUAACUUUAACUACCAUCCAAGGUGUGAAAAAUUGAGUAUUGUCCAGCUCAGUUUUGCAGAUGAUUUGUUACUGUUCUUUCGAGUUCCAAUAGCAGUGCAGCAGGAAAUUAUUCAGGUUACUGGUUUUACCAUUGAUGAACUUCCUUUUAGAUACUUUGGAGUUCCAUUGAGUUCAAAGAGACUGUCAAUCUUUCCAUUGCCAAAGAAAAUUAUCCAAUUUGUUGAAGGCAUUUGCAGGAGAUUUCUUUGGACUGGUGACACUAAUGCAAGAAAAAAUGCAUUGGUGGCUUGGGAUAAAAUGUUCAGGCCAAAAUCUAAAGGUGGAUUAAAUAUCACUGAUAUUGGAAAGAUUCCAUGGCAAGUAGAUGUGAAGCAAGCUUCAUGGAUUGUUAGGAAGAUACUACAGGGGAAGAUAUACACCAAAGACAGAUUGAACAGCAGGGGUAUACAAGUUAAUCAAAACUGGCCACUAUGUGAUCAAGAGCUGGAAAGCCAUCAACACCUUUUCUUUGCAUGUACAUUUUCAGCAGAAGUCUGGGGGAAACUGUUAUCAUGGAUGGGGUUUGUACGAAGGAUAAAAGGCUGGGAUGAGGAACUCAAAUGGGCAACAGAACAUGUGAAAGGCAAAGGUUCAAAAAUCAUGAUUUACAAGAUGAGUAUUACGAUGCAAUAUCCCAGCUAUGGAUGCAAAGGAAUCGACGAGUAUUUCAGCAAGAAAAGAGAUGCAGUAAAGACAUUACCAGGCAGAUAA